AUGCACGCCGAUUAUGAAUCAGACGACGAUUAUGCUCCAUUGACGAUGGCCAGUUGGGGAGCACAAGCUUCGAAGAGCCCAGAUCCAUCAAACCCCACAGCUUCGUGGAAGUCUCUUGUGGAUCCUAAUUUCAAGAUCAAGGCAGGGGGCAUUGGUACCGGUGGUCUUCACAGAAAAGGCCCCAAUUACAAGCCAGUCGAUGAACAAUACAUUCUGAACCAACGUCUAAAUAAAGCGGUACCCAAAGCGUCAAAGCCAUCCUCUCCACAAGCAAAGAAAGCAAAGAAACCUAAAGCACCAGCAAAAGUUAAACCAACAACGCGGUCGGAACUUGUCGCCACCAAACCCGCCAAGACAUUGGAGAAGAAAAACCUAUCACAAAUUCAAAACAUUCUUGACGGAGCCAAAGCGGUUGAGGAAAAGAAGAGUAGAGUUCCUACACGGCAACGAAUCCAAAUGAUCCAAUCCAAUGUAGCCACAGCUUGGGGUGCGGCUCCGCUCACAUCCACUCCAUUUUGGGAGACUUCCACCACCACGACCGCCACGAACAACAACACCUCUUUUUCAUCUUCGAAUACUUUACAAAAGACGGCCAUUUCUUCUACCCAAACGAAAACCACCACCACCGUCACCACAAAUACGCAACCAUUAUCACGCACCGUCUCCGAUUCCAAUCCGAAGCCACCUUCUACUUUCUCGAAAACCACUUCCUCUACAUCUUCCGAACCGUCUUCAUCAUCCCAUAAUUCCUCCAACCAACAAGUUUCUGGUGGAUUAGUAUGUUCCAUCACUGAACCGAAACCUGUUCUCCAACUGGAGAUCGAAUUUGCUCCUGGUAUUUCCGCGCUUCUACCUGUGUAUGAGCAUGACGAUACUGAGACGUUGGUGGAAAGUUUUGGCCGUCGACAUCAGUUGAAAAUGACCGACGCCGCGAAAUCCGCCGUCAAGCAAACCAUCGCUACACUUUUGCAAGCCAGCAUUUUGGCCACAAACGAGGAAAGAAAGAAGAACGCAUUGCGUUUAGCUUAA